AUGCCCGCAGUGCCCUAUGCUAUCCCGAGGGCCACCCUGCCCAUGGCAGCUCAGGAGAUUAACCCAGACACUGCUUCCAGUGUGCAGAAUGAAUGUGGACCGAGCAACUCAGGAGUUGUCACAGGUAGUACCGAUGGAAUUGGAAAAUCAUAUGCAGAACAGUUAGCAAAGCAUGGACUGAAGGUUGUCCUUAUCAGCAGAUCACAGGAUAAACUGAACCAUGUUUCCAGUGAAAUAAGAGAAAAAUUCAAAGUGGAAACAAAGACCAUUGCUGUUGACUUCGCAUCAGAAGAUAUUUAUGACAAAAUUAAAACAAGCUUGGCAGGUCUUAAAAUUGGUGUUUUAGUAAACAACGUUGGAAUGUCAUAUGAAUAUCCGGAAUACUUCUUGGAUGUUCCUGACUUGGACAAUAUCAUCAAGAAACUGAUAAAUGUUAAUGUUCUUUCUGUUUGUAAGAUGACACAGUUGGUGCUGCCUGGCAUGGUAGAAAGGUCAAAAGGGGCGAUUCUGAACAUCUCCUCUGCCAGUGGCAUGUAUCCAGUCCCACUGAUGACCAUGUACUCGGCAACCAAGGCUUUUGUAGAUUUCUUCUCUCAGUGCCUCCAUGAAGAAUAUAGGAGCAAGGGCAUCUUUGUGCAGAGUGUCCUGCCAUACUUCGUAGCCACAAAACUGGCUAAAAUCCGAAAGCCAACUUUGGAUAAACCCUCGUCAGAGACGUUUGUGAAAUCUGCAAUUAAAACAGUGGGCGUGCAAUCCCGCACCAAUGGAUACCUGGUCCAUUCUCUUAUGGGUGCAGUAUCCUCAAUCCUGCCUUCUUGGAUAUAUCUUAAAGUGAGCAUGAUUGUAGGCAAGUCCAUACGAGCUCGCUAUCUGAAGAAAAACAAGAAGAACUAAGCAUUGAUCACUGCGUAGAGUAACUUGGCCAGAUGCUUCAGCCUGUGCGUGUUUAUUGCAAGGCACCCACCCAUCUCAAAAACCUUCAGUUGCCGUUUUAAUGUUACUAAUAAGGUUAAAUGGUGUCAUGAUUGGGAGGAAAGCAGAAGCGCUUUCAGAAGUUCCUGAUAUAAAUUCUAGAUAUUCCCAGGAGUUAUUUUGAAGUUUAACACAAAUGGUCAUAUUAAAUGGAUAGAGAACUAAUAUGAGUGGGAACAGUGUAAUGGAAGGAAAACCAUUAUAGCAAAUCAUGGUAGAGUCAUACAUAACACUCAACAGUUUUCAUCUGGCCCAAAAUGCCAAUGAUGAUUAUUUUGUAUUUAAUCUGAAGCAUACUUUAAAAAGUAAUGGCCAGCUAGUCUUCUUUGUUUUUAACACUUCGAGGGAGUAGAGAUGAAUUGAUUCACUUACAGGAGGACACACUGCAAUUUGCAAUUUGCAUAGCUCUCUGUCAGUUUUUCUAAAAGUAUAUUCCAGUUUGUGCAUUUAUACACUCAAAGGUAGCUAAUGAUGUAAAAAUAAUAUGUGGAAAUUGAGGUUUUUUUGACACGUGAAGCCCACUAAAAUAUGCUUUCCUCUAAUACAUAUUCUCAGUUUAAGUAUGUGUGAAUACUAAAAGUUUUAAUGUAUGAUUUAUAAAGAUAAAUGGGCAAAAUAUGCAUUGAGAUGGGCAGCCACCUGUGGUACCACUAAAACGCUGACCCAAGAAAGUGGCCUGCUUGUACCUCAGCCACCUUUGUUUCUGCACUGCACGAAUACUGCUCACAUCUGUGACAACAGGCUGCCCCUAGAGCAGUAAUGGUAUCAGUGAAGUAGUAGUAUACUUUUAAGACAGUGCCCUGUGGAUAACAAUACAAUUAGUUUUAAUAAGAAGAAAGGUAUAAAAGGACAAAAUAUGAUAUAAAAGGUGAUAUAUACAUGGUGAUGGUUGAAAACAUAUUUCUUUGGUGGUUGAAGACACUUCUUUGGUGCUUGCAAUUAAGACCAUUUUUAUACUGGCUUAAUGUAAAGUAAGACUUGCUUUUAUCCUGCUAUAUAUUGCUUAGGGAACUCACCAAGAAAUAAUUCAAUGUUGUAAAACAUGUAACACAGAAGGUAGGCCUUUACGUAGGCUGUGGUUCCUAGGUUCUAGGUUUAAGCACCAGUAAAUCUGCAAAAAAAAAAAGAAUUUUUAAUUGGAAUGUUGAAGUGUUUCUAGCUUCUAAUUUUGCAGCUAAGGAUAUAAAACAAAAACAGGAAAGCCCAAAUUACCAUAUGCUAUUAGCAUUCUUGUAUGAAAGACUUCUUAGCACUAAAAAGUAGGAAGAACAUAAUCUUAGAAUAAUGAAUAAUUAUUUAAGUUCAAUAAAUUCAGUUUUAAUGAAAAAAAAAAAA